AAGAAGUUCCAGACAAUCUUGGACAUCUGCCACCACCAUCUCCUACUAGCCAGCGCACUCAGACUCAGUUCGGCACAUCCUACAACCCGUUGGAGUUUUAGUGAUCUGUAUAUUUUGGGAAAUCUGGCAUGAGAGAAUUAGGCCCCGACCAAUUUCACACAUUCUGGGGAGACAGCGCGGAGCUGAGUUGCGAAGAUGUUCAGCUCAGCGCUGAAGUCCUUCUCUUCGAACAUCAACUCGAACUACACAGUUGCUGCCUCGCCAUCCUCGACUUCGGGUCCAUGGAAAAUAUACGAUGCGAAGAAGAAGUCAACUGGAAAGGCGGCCUCUGUCUUUGUUUUCGAUAGAAAAUCCCUGGAUUCGCAUGGCGCUUCCUUAGGGAGGUCGAGCGCAUCGUCAAUGAAGAGAGCAACUGAGGAGGUAGUGGAGAGGCUAAAGAAGGAGGCUUCGUCUUUGGCCAGACUACGACAUCCAAAUAUCCUGGAGCUUGUCGAACCUGUGGAAGAUGCACGAAAUGGUGGGCUGCAAUUUGCUACGGAGUUGGUUACCGCCUCAUUAUCCGGCUUAUUACAGGAGAAGGACGAACAAGAAAGAGCCAGCGGGGUUGGUGGAAGAUCCAGCCGAUACGUGACAGAAGACUCGGAAGGGGGUAGGAAGAGACGAGAACUGGAAAUCGACGAACUAGAGAUACAGAAGGGCCUCGAGCAAAUCAGCAAAGCGUUGGAGUUUUUACAUGAUAAUGCUGGUCUUGUUCAUGGCAACUUGACCCCGGAUGCUGUUUUUGUCAAUGCAAAAUCGGAUUGGAAGAUUAGUGGCCUAAGUUUCGCAAGCCCCCCUGAUAAUUCGACAAAGCCGACGUCCGUGACCCCCAUUAGCCUCUCCGAAGUCCUCAAUAUUGAUCCCCGAUUACCAAAAUCCGUUCAAAUGAACCUGGACUACUGCUCACCAGAUUUUGUCCUGGACUCGAACCUGAACAUAGCUGCUGAUAUGUUCUCCCUCGGUCUGCUGAUAAUUGCUCUAUACAAUUCCCCUCAUACUUCUCCGCUGGAGACUAAUUCUAGCAUAACAACUUACAGGAGGUUGUUUUCAUCCUCAUCGACCAUUCCAUCAGCCACCAAUAGCUUUCUCUCAUCACGACCUAUUCCAAAAGAUCUUUCUGCAUCAGUAUUGCCUCGUCUAAUAACCAGGCGGCCGGCUCAACGUAUGACUGCCAAGGAAUUCCAACAAAGCGCCUAUUUUGAUAAUAUUUUGAUCUCAACAAUUCGAUUCCUCGAUGCUCUUCCAGCCAAAACACCGAAUGAAAAGUCACAGUUCAUGCGUGGACUUUCGCGAGUGCUCCCUUCAUUCCCAAAGUCCGUCCUUGACAAGAAAGUUCUCCCAGCACUGCUGGAAGAGAUGAAAGACCGUGAACUUUUGUCUCUGAUUUUACAGAACGUCUUUAAGAUUAUCGAACUAUUGCCUUCUGGGCGGCGUCCAUUUACAGAAAAGAUUAUGCCACGAUUGACGGAGAUUUUCAUACCACCUGCCGCUUCAAAAUCCGACGCGAAAGGCCAAGCUGAUAGGGAUCCAGCUAAAGAGGCUGGUCUUAUGGUUUUGCUUGAGCAUAUCAGUGCCACUACCAGCAACUGCUCUGGGAAAGAAUUCAAAGAUAAUAUCCUUCCCGUAAUACAUUUAGCAAUCGAGUCUCCAACGCAUAGCAUUGUGGACGCUUCAUUACGGAGCCUACCUGCUAUUCUACCUGUGCUAGACUUCUCGACGAUAAAGAAUGAGCUCUUCCCAGUCAUUGCUUCUGUAUUCACGAAGACGAGCAGUCUCGGGAUCAAGGUGCGAGGCCUUGAAGCGUUUGUGAUACUCUGUGGGGGCUCGAAUGACCCAGCUGGGAGCAAUGAUGGCCUUGAUGGGAUCAUGACGAACACUAAAAAGACAAGCUCUUCAACCGCUCUCGACAAGUAUACAAUGCAAGAGAAGAUUGUUCCACUCAUAAGAGCAAUAAAAACAAAAGAGCCAGCUGUGGCAAUGGCGGCGCUCAACGUUCUGCGUCAAGUUGGUACAAUCGCAGACGCCGACUUCGUUGCCAUGGAUAUCCUUCCUGUUCUGUGGAGUAUGAGUUUGGGGCCAUUGCUCGAUUUGAAGCAAUUCCAAGCUUUCAUGGAUUUGAUAAAGAGUCUAUCUUCCAGAGUUGAGGUUGAACAGACCAAGAAGUUACAAGAACUAUCUGGCACCAACGGAUCGAAAACGGAUAAUGACGACUUCAUGUCAUUUGGCGCCAAAAACGCUUUCUCAACCAGUGGAGGAUCCAACGAUCCCGAAAUCGACUUUGAAAGACUUGUGAAGGGUACAGCAGGGACCAGUGAUGUGGCUAAUCCUUUGAAUGGGUGGGAUGCCACGCCUGCGAAUGCCACUGCUCAUCAACGCAACCUUCCGAACCAAACGAAGCCGGCCUCAUUUUCUUGGUCAACUCCCAGUCCCACAACACCUUCAACGCCAGGGAAUGCCAUGGGGAUCAUUAGACCCCAAGGUCCUACGGCUAGAACCAUUACUCCAGACCUGUCAAGUUUUAGUGCCCUCUCACCAUCGGCCACUCAAUAUUCCCAGCCUCUUCAGCCUCAACCGCAACAGAGUUUCAAUGCUCCCUUACAACCGCAACCCAACUACAAUGCAGCUUCACUCCAACCACAACCGAUGUCUAGCUUCCAAAAUCCUCAGCCUUUGACCUCAAUGAACUGGGGUACCCCAGCUUCGAAUCCCUGGUCUAGCAACAAUGGCACACCUGCAACAAAUCCUAUACUCUCUUCCAUGGGAAAUGUGGGGAAUUCGAUGUCUAACAUGUCUAUGAACAGACCGACAACGAACAGCCCAAAUGCAUUCACACUUCCUCCUCCACUUAGCCAGCGACCAAUUACGAGCUCGCCAAACUCAUUCUCACUGCCUCCACCGCCAGGGGCCAAUUCUUUCACUGCACCUUCACAUCAAGCACCUCAGCAGUCUAGUAUGGCAUCGGCGUUUGGGAAUCCUGCUCAAUCGAAGCCUCCGACGCAGAAGUCAGGAUUGGAUGCAUAUCAGAGCUUGUUGUGAUUGUAUAUUGGUGCACGAUGUAAAUUGAAUGGGAAGGGGGUUGUGAAUACCUCAGAACAGCAGGCGUAGGUAGUAAAAAUGAUAGGAUGUCACUUCUUUCGAUUUUGCCAGAGUAAUAACAGGACUGUGUGAGAAAUCGGACCAAGUCUAAAUAUCAUUCCCUUAGAGACCAAGGUUCUGCUAUAAUUGAAUCCUGCAAGAGCAGCAGAAAGAUUGGAGUCAACGAGAGGCUCAAGAUGUCCGGAAACCCUCCCUUUUUGUAUCUGGUUACCACUGAGUGGUAUUACGCAUUCAGAUAUCUUCCAAA